CUAGCACUGACACUAGUGUCUAGUGUGUUGGUGAUGUUGGUAACGCUUGGUGAAACCAACCUCAAAGUUUGUAUUUUUUACAUUAAAAAAAUAUUUUAAAUAAGAAGGAUGUCUACGAGAUGGUACCCGAUUUACCAAAGAGGGGGCCCCCAAUUGCGCGUCUUUUUGCCGAACUUUUGGCUGAAAUUAGUGAGACCCACGCACGAGCAGCCCCCUAACAUUGUCCAAUUCUCAUGUUCGAUGCAAAUGACCAAAUACGACAUAAAAAAUUAUUUAGAAAAAAUUUAUAAUAUAAAUGUGGUGGAUGUGAGGACGAGGAUCGCUCUAGGGAAGACGAGACGUGUCCCCGGAAAGGGGUACGUGGUGAAAGAUGAGGACAUCAAGUACGCGUACAUCACACUGCCAAAAGAGGAGAAAUUCAUCUUUCCCGAUCUCUUCCCUGAGGACAAAAAGGCGAAAGAUGAAGAAGAGGCGACAAUUCAGGAAGCCAAGAAAGGUUUCAAAGAGUACCUCGAGAAGAACAAAGAGCGGCCCAACAUGCCGGGCUGGUUUAGCAUUUAGUAGUAAUUUUUUUUGUAAAUAUAUAGAUUGCCAUAGAAAUAAGUUUGAUCAAUAAAGACAUCGAAAAACCGUCA